AUGGAUAAACAAGCAUUGAGGCGACGAAAUAAAUUGCUCAAAAAAAACAAAGAACGCAUGGAUAUUUUAAUGGGUAUAUCUAAAGUAAAAGAAAUAGAAAAAGAUGAAGAAAACGAAUUGAAAAUAGAAAAACGUGGAAAUGCUGAUGAUAAUGAUAACACCACAGAACAAGCAGAUAACCAAAAUAGUAAUGAUAAAAAACAAGAAAAUGAAAAAUUAAAAAACUCAAACCUCAAUACAAUGAAUGAAAUAGAUACAUCUCCUGUAGCAAUAUCCAAUUCAGACACAUCAAAUGAUAUCGCCCUGAAUGCAAACCAAACGAAUGAAGAAGGCGAUAAAACAAGCCAAAAUUCUGAUACUCUGAAAAAUAAAAAAAAUGUUCCUAGCAAUGGAAAAAAUAAUAUAAAAAAAGAUGAAAAUUGUUUAACUCAAAGUAAUGAUAAGAAAGAAAGAUCUAACCUAAAAGACAAUUCAAAAGAAGAAAAAAAUAAAGAUAUAGAUAAAACAAAAGAUAAUAAUAGUAAGUUAGAUAGCAAUGAUACAAAAGAAAAUGAAAAUAUAACAGCAAUUAAAGUUGAUGGAAAAAAAAAAAUUCAAUUUUUUAUAUUAAUAAUAUGUUCUAUGUUGAUAAGCCUUUUAAAACGGAAAUUUUAUGAUAACAAAAAAAUUGUAUAUAUUGAUAAAUCUUUUAUAAAUCAAAAGAUGAUUUUUCGUUUUAUGAAUUCCAAAUUUUUUUUAAUUUUUUUUUCAUUCUUAUAUAAUUUAUUGUUUUCCCUUAUCGAUAUACGCUCAUAUCUUAAAAAAAAAAAUAUGACAAUAUAUGAGAUAGUAGAAAAUAUUAAAAAUAUAAGAAAUAAAUUCAAAAAUGAAUCUGAAGCUUUGUUUUUUCUUUUAAAUAACGGAUCAACAUUUUCUAUUUUUUUCGUGAAUAUAAUCAAAUCAUAUAUAUUAUUUAUGUUUUUAACUCAUUUGUUUGAUGAUAUAUUUCAUAGUUAUUCUGUUUUUACAUCCACGCCAAUUUUCCAAAAAGUAAAUGUUAUAUAA